AUAAUGAAAAAUCACCUUCUUUAAAUAAAGAUAAACGAAAAUGUAAAAGUUAUUUACAAGCUUUUAAAAUUCUCGCUUAUCUAAAAGAUCGUGUGAAUAAAGAUAAUAAAAUAAAACUCGACAUUAAAGAUGUUUUCAAUGAAGUAUGUGAAUAUGCAAAAAAUACCAUUGAAACAUAUGAUAGUUGGGUGCGUAAUCAUUAUGAAGCCCAAGUCUGGCAACAUAUCUAUGUUUUAGGUAAAGAAAAAGAUCAUUGGGCUAAAGAAAUAGUAAAUAUAACACAUACACGGGAGGCUAAGAUAAAUGUGUCAAUAUGUGAGAAAAAAUUAGCACAAUUGACAUCGACAUGUUUCGAUGCUAAUAAUAUAAUUACACGAAAUAUGCGAGAACUUUCAUCUAAAACAGCCACUGCUGCUACACAACGAGUACAUGAUCUUAUACUCGAUUAUAUUAAAGAGGCUACACAAGGUUUAGCUAAAAUGAGCAUUAAUAGAAUUCGUCGUGCUUCGAUUGAAAAAGACGAAUGGGAUGCUCUAAAAACAUUUGAAAAUGUUGCAUCAGAACAACAGAAAAUGUAUGCUAAAACCUUUUGUAAAUCAACAUUAAUUAACUACCAUAAGAAAAAGAAAAAUUUUGAAUUGGUAGCUGCACAUAUAUCAAAUGAUAUAAUACCGAAAAUCUUACCAAAGUAUGACUUUAAUCUUCCUGUGGACGAAAAUUCACUUUCAAGUGAACAAGUCCAGAAGAAUAAAGAAAACAUACAUAAUUUAUCGAAAGAUUUUCGUCUUAAAGCAACAGAACUCUAUCUAAAAAUCGUCAAAGAAGAAUUUGAAUUUCAAAAAGAAAGAUUACAAAAUCUUAUUGAUGAUUUUCCACAAGAUAGAUAUGAAGUACCAUCAACACAAAUUGAUACAAAUAUUGUUGUUGAUGAUGAUGAUGAUGAUGACGAAGAACCUUUAGAUAAUAGAGUUUUUACUCAAAAACCAUUAUCACAACAACGACAAGAUACUAUAAAUAAUGAAAAAGGUUCUGAAUUAUUUAAAAAAUAUAUUGUAAUUGCACAUAAAAGAGCUCAAUUAGAAAUUGAAAGAGAAGUGCAUUUUUUAUCCGAACGAGGCGUCCAAGAGACGCCAGUCGAGACACAAGAGUCAAAAGAUCUAAAUCCAGUAAUGAGAGUGGAUUUUUUGCUCCAAGUAUAA